AGGAACGGAUCCGCGAUUUGGUUUUUCGAACUGUUUCUACAUACUGGGCAGCAUCGCUGCAAUUGCUUGUGUUUUGUCUUUGCGACACUACUGCACCGCUAGUUGACACGUUUGUGACGAGGUCAUUCGUUUUGUACAGAGUAGCACGUCCCCCCAAGUUGCAUUCUAUAUAGAGCAAGUGUUCUUGUUUCCUGUGUUGCAGGGGCGACAGAUCCGUUGCAACAAGUGGUAGGUGGUGACCAAUAGAAUCAUGCCGGGAACGAUUGUUUGUGCGUCUGGGUACUUUGACCCGAUCCACUAUGGGAGUGUGAGGAUUGAAAUUGACCAAGUUGAAACAGUUUGCCAUGCAUAAAAUCGAUACCAGUUGGGAGCCCAAUUUCCACGCAGCGCAUGACAAAUCUCGGCACCGUCUGAAUCCAGUUUGUGAUGCUGUUUAGGAACAGAGGGCGUCUCUUGUCAUGCUACUUUAGCAGCUCUAUCGCAGACCCCAAACAGGCGGACAGUCGGUCUCACUUAGAAUCCCUGCAAGAGAGGCACUUCGUGCCUUGCAAUUUAUGCAUGAGAAAUUACAUCAACUUUGUCGAUUUCAAUCCUGACACAUCCAUAUCCACCCGGGCCACAUCGAGUACCUAGAAAGGUCGAAAUCGCUCGGGGACAAGCUGUACGUGAUCGUGAACUCAGACAAGCAGGCGGAGAUGAAGAAGGGCAAGCCCUUCAUGAAGUGCGUGGAUCGCCUGAAAAUAGUCCGGUCGCUCGCCUGCGUGGACGCCGCCAUUGAGGCGUGCGACGCGGACCGGAGUGUAUGUGCUUCGUUGCGGAUCAUCAAGCCGGACAUUUUCACCAACGGCGGCGAUCAAAAGAACGAAGGUAUUUUUACACUUAGGUUUCCUUGUUCUUUCAUCGCUGUGGAGAUGUCUUCAUCGACGGCUGCACUGACAUAUAGUGCAACGGAGAGUCAUCCCCGUCGCUGAAUGUUUCAUUUGUAGGUGAGAAUGACCGCAGAUGGUUCCUUCCUCAAGCCCGCAGCUAGUAUCGAGAGCGACGUCGAUUUUUAACAACAUCAAUUACGAAACAUCAUGAAAUGGCUGCAUACGUGAUGAUCAUCGCAGGUGUGCCAGAGGCGGUUGUGUGCAACGAGCUGGGAAUCAAAAUGGUGGAUGCUUUGGGGGACAAAAUUAACAGCAGUAGCUGGCUGAUUGCGAAUUCUUUGGGGGAAGAGAAGGUGGUGAAGGCGGACCCCAACCAGUAGGUGUCUUUGCGAUUACAGAAACGGAUGGGAAGCCUAGCUGUUGCUGUUCGCAAGAACUCUAUGUUGUUGUUUGCGACGCGUCGUGUAAACAAAGCCAAUUUACUGGGCUGAAAUAAAUCGAGGGAUGGUUGAUGACGCCGUUGUUCUCUGGAACCAGCUGCAUGCUGCUCGAAUUGUUUUAUGUUUGUUUGUUCACAGAGCUUCACGAAUUAUGAAGCGAUAAGGUUUUAUUUAAAAAGCGAAAAAAGUAAAUGAAGCGACGCAGUGAAGCAGUUCUACGACUUAGCAAUGGUCGCGCGAAGACUGGUAUCGCGGCCACUGGUCGCGUCAUCAAAAAUCAGCACCAC